AUGCACAUAUGCACAAAUGCAGUUAUACAACACAUAAUUUGUGUUUAGACAUAUGUUAGAGACUUAAAGUUUCAGUAGUUGGGAGAUGGCUGUAUAGAUAGAUAGAUAGAUAGAAUAAAGGCUAGAUUUUGUAGAAGAACUAAAUAAACUAAAUAAAGAAGCAAGUGUAGCAAUGAAAUAUAUAAAUAUGAAUAAUAAAAAAAAUAAUAGAGAUAGACCUGUAGCUAUGUUCUGAAUAUAUACUCAGGGUAAAAAAAAAAAAGUUCACAAUCACUGCUGAUAAAAUGAAACCCAUCUUUACCUAAAGCUUGGCGGUUAGCCAUCAGCCAGACUAUGAUAUCAGCACAACACAGCGUGGGAAAACCACUUGUUGACUAACAACGAGCUAUUCUGCCAGUGUCACUAGUGGCACUAGUGUCAGAGGUUUACGAGGAACACUUGAAUGCAUCAUUUUACCACUGGGCUGCGUGAGCUCCGCUGGAGGGGCAGAACUUCAACAGCACGCAAGCAUAUCUUCGAUGCCACAGUCCACCGCACUCGUGCAGUUGUGGAUGCUUCACUUGAAGCAAAGAGGAAUAAAGACAACAUGUCUAUCUGUUAGACAUGCAUCUGAGUGCAGAUCUUAAUCUGUACAAACUGACAGCGCUUUAUAUGUUGGAGGGGGCCGAAAAGUUUUCUUCUAUGUCUAAUUAAGGGAGUUUUUGUUCUAAAGCAAAAUCAUGUUCACAACCUACAUAAAGAGUCUGAAUGAUAUGGUAUUUUCUACGUCUGAGAGCCCCGAAGAGCAGCCAAGCACUGGGGUCUUGGGCCGUAUUGGGAGCUGGUUCUCUCCAUGGAAAGGAAACGGUCCAAAGAGUCCUAUUGAAAAUGCCUCCCCAACUAGUGAUCAGGCUGUUAAGUCAGAGGGAUACAAGGAGAGUGGGGAGUUCGUGAGACCCAAGCCAGGAGAACAACAGUGGCAGGAGGAGAAGGAGCACAGCUCUAAUCCCAAUCCACUGGGUUUCUCCAGAGACAGUUUCUUCUGUGAGGAGAAGGACGCCACGCAGUCUGCCCACAGCCACGGCUCCGUUGGGAACAGCACUGAGACAGGAGAAGGAGGUCCAAAAGAGGAGGAGUUUGUAGAGAGCAGGAAGGAGGGAACAGGGCAGGGCAAAGAGAGGGAGGAGAGCAGCAACGGUCCUUCAGCGAGCGGGAUUCCUGACAAGAAUGCCAGUCAUCUGACACAUCUCCCUUCCUCCACUAAACAGGGUGUGGUAUGGGACUCUGACCGGGCACACGCCCAGCCUCAGGCCAGGAGACAAGCACAGGCCCAGGCAGGCAAGAGGCUCCAUGUGUACCUGGAGGAGACCAGCGUGAUUCAACGCGGCCGAGACGCUUGUGCUUCACAGGAAGUCGUCCGCACCAAAGUCACAGAAAGACUACGGGUCCUCCCAAAGGCAGACUCAUCACAAAGUUUUGAUCUACCAAAGAGCUCAAGUUCAAAAAGUGCAAAGAACAAAAGGACAAAUGUUAGGCCUGCCAUUGGGGCACAGGGUUAUUACAGUGCUCUAGUGGGUGUGUCACUGAAAUCACACAAAGACUCACAGUUAGAGACUGAACCUGAUAAAGAACAAACAGAGGCAGACAGCAUGGGGCGUAAGAAUGCAGCCAGAAGGAAAGUACGAAAAAACUCUCAGGAGGAUGGAGGGAACAGCCCCCAGGAAAAAAUGUCUCCUAAUGCUCAACCUGUCCCGGAGGGAUUCCCUUCAUCAGAUAACUCAGUGACCAGUCCUCAGGGCAAAAGUCCAAAGACACACAUGGGAGAAUCGUCUGUAAACUCCUCCUCCACACACCACCCCACCUCCCAGACCUCACCUGAAGGAGGGGAAAGUCAGACUUCCUGUCCCGAUACCAUCAAGCAAUUGGACAACUUCCAGGAUUCAAACUCAGUCAUUGCAGACACACUGGUAUGUGUGGUUGAUGUUGGCGCAGACAUGGAGGACGAUGACAGCCUUUACAGAGUAGAAAGGAAGACAGAGACACCAGAGUCCAAACGUAGGAGUAUGAAAGUUUCUCGGAGUGAGGUGAAGUUUUUUCCAAAAAGUGUGCCUUUGAAGUCUUCGCAAAGUCCAGCAGACGACAAACAGGAUUUUAAACCAGCAUUAAAGAAUACCAAUGAAGAAAAGGAUAUGGCCAAAACAGAGAUUGACGCGAGACUACAUGACCUGACGAAAACUGAUGAGGAGCCUAAACCAGUCGUCGGCCGCAUUGCAGAUAAAAUCAACCUCUUUGAGCGGCAGCAUGCAGCAGGGGGUAACAAACAGACCUUCCAAACCCCGCGAAGUGCUGAUACCUCUCCGGUCAGGAAAACCACAGAGAGGCUGAAAGCAGAAUUUGAGUUGUCGGACCAGAGGUCGAGAUCAGCCGAACGUUACAGCACAGCCAGGUCCAGCCCUGCGUCACCUGCCAGAGAGAAACCGUUGACUGUCAAGGAGCGAAUGAGGAACUUUACACAGGCAUCUAAAUCAGAGGCUAAACCAGCACUACCUCAAAAGCCAGCCAUGACUGGAAUGUCUCAAAAGACCACAUCAUCUGUUGCUGCAUCAGAGUUGCCAGAACUGGACAGUCGGGAUAAACUGGAUACUGAAGAGCAGAUAAAGGCAACAGCAAUGUCAGAGAUAAUACGAAAACCAGAUGGACAAGAUUGCAGUACUGUAGGGGUAAAGAUUUCCAUUCAACAACAACCACCAACAGCCCCCAAAACAACAGACACUGUGGCCUCGAACACAACAGAUCAGGGUACGAAACCUAACAGUGUUGAACCAGAUGUCCCAGCUAAAGGAACUGAUGACUCCUCAGAAAUGACCAGCAGUGUUAGACCACAGGCCAAAGGCCCCAGCAGAACAGGCUCCCGCUCUAAAAGAAAGAAAAGUAAAGAGCCUACAAGUCCCAUGAGCCCAAAUAGGGAAAACAAACCUACAAGUAAGUCAGACAUCGCUGCUAUAAAACAAGAGCAGGUGGAUGAUACAGUGGAGCCCGUCUCUCCCGCCAAACAGCUCACUGACAAAGUCUCAUCAUCAUCUGAUAAAGGCCAAGAAAACACAUCAGAAAAACAGUCGCUUUCUGAUACUAGACAGAAAAAUUUUAAAAAGGAAGCGGAAGUAUUAGGAAAAGAGAAGCAGCAGUUAGAUUCUUCAUUUAAAACAGAGAACAGUGACAAACCAGACAACAGACAGGAGGGACUACCUGAACCAUCUGUCAUCAAAGAUGAACCUGAUACUGCUGCUUCUAACCGUGGAACAAAGAAGCCUAUUGACAAGGACCCCGUUAUUUUACCCCAAGAGGAGGAAAAGACAGGGGGACACAGCCUUGUGUUCACACAGUACAGAGAAAAGGCUUCCAAGGACAGCAGUGAAACUUCAGAGUCCUCCCCCUCACCUGCUGUUGACAGGCCUAUUGAGAAGACUCCUUCAGUGGAGCAGGAGUUACCUGUUGAACAGCCCAAAUUAGAUAAAAAAUCAUCAGUGCAGCCUGAAUCAAAAAGUAAAGGAAAAGUAAUCCAGCCCGGUAAAAGAAAAGAAGGGCAAAAAUCGCAACCUCAAAACAAAGACACAAAACCAGUAAAUCUGUCUGAGAGUAAGAAUGUGGAGAAAGAGGAAGGGAGAGAAAAAAAAAAUCAGACUGAGAACAAAGACAAAAAAAAACCACAGCAGCUGCUGCGUUCAGAUAAAAAUACCACAAGUGGCAAGGUUUCAGACAGUGGACAAGGUAUCUCAGGAACAGAGAGAAGUGUUGCUAAGGACGAUGAAAGAAAAAAUGCUGAGAGAAAAGAGCAGCCACAGCCCAUUAAAGACAUAAAACAAGAAGCUAAUCCACUAGAACCAGCCUCUCAGUCAUCAGAAAAGAUCAGUGCAUCAUCAGAGGACCUCCCUGCUCAAACACAGCAUGUCAGUCAGAUGGCGACUGCACAUCCAGAAAAAAAUGCUAUUUGCGCCGUCACUCAGACUAAUGAGGCUGUGAGUCGGACCAAGAGCGAUAAUGGACCUUUGAAGGGAGAGACGACAACAACUGUGCCUCUACAGAAGUCCACAGAAAGCUCUGGAACAGACGCAGAGCCAGUGGUGAGUGCAGCAGAGCCACAGGCUAAUUCUGUAUCAGUGGAAAAAACAGAGAAUUCACCCGAUGACUCACGUACACAUGGAGCUAAUGAUGUUGAGUUCUCCAGCCCAAAGCCUGUUAUCAAAGCAACUACAGCAGCUGAGAAAGUGACUGUAAAAGCUGCUAAUGACACUCCAGUGCCGAUAACUGUACAGACUGAAAAUAAUGCAGAGAACCAAUCAUCUGUUAAAGAGCCUUCUCCUGUUUCAGUCUCUAAAUCUGCGAGCAGCCAGGGAGAAGGGCCGGAUGAUGGGAAAAAAAGUUCAACUGUCAAAACAGUGCCCUCAGAAGAGAAAAUCUCAGGCGAUAUAAGCAAACUCGCUCCUAGCACUUCACUCAAGGGUGCAGAAGAAAUAGCACAAGGCCUUUCUAAUAGAAAUGCUUCUAAAUCCACAGUUAACGUGGCAGAGAACACGGCUGAGAAAACAUUAAGUUCGCAAGUCAAUGAACUCCCACCCGUUGCUAAUGGUGACAUCUCCCCAGAUUCACAACCCCUCACAGUCAAAAAGGAACCGGUCAAUAACAAGCCAAGUGCAACUCCAAAAGCACCCACUUCUCCAGAGGCUAAUAAACUGAGCCCAGACUCAAUCCAACGUUCACCUAUGAAGAAGCUCCAUUUGCCACGGGGACUAAGCAAAGACGAUUCUACAAAACAGCAAGACGCCCCCUCUAGCUGGCUGGAUCUGGACUUUCCCAAACGGAAACCUAAAGUCACAGAGCGCAAACUGAGCUCUUCUGUUAGUGAGAGCAAUCUCCUGGACCCGUCUGGUGAGCUAGAUGAUGAUGAUUUCAUUGAUAAAAUCAAGAAGCUUUGCGCCCCCUUCUCCCUCCCACCACGUAAACACAACCAACUUCGGCCACCUCAGCCCCCCUUUGCCAUGCCAGCUAUCAAGGAGGACCGCUUUGAGAAGACGUUUGACCCUGAGGAGUUUAAGUUUGGCUUGAGGAAGAAGAACCAGUUCACCUUAGACACACCCCCGAGUCUCUUAGCCAAACGAAACGAGACUAAAUCUGGUCUGAAGCCCGCCAGGGCUAGUUUGGCCGAUAGGAGCUUUCUGCUCAGUAGCCUCGACACCGACUCUCGACUCAGGGAUAAAACCUCAGUCAAGGAUGAGGUGGACACCAAGGAGGAGAAAGAUGAUAAGAUCAAGGUGAAGUCUCGCUUGGAGGGGAGCUGUGUCCUCAGCAGCCUCAACUCCUCCAUCAGAGGGAAGAGGAAUGGCGCUCAAACACAGGAAGAAGGCACCAGCUCUGAGGAUGGUACAUCUAGCAAAAGCCCAAAGCUAAGCCCUCCACCUUUAUCCCAGCCACACCCACCAAGCCCGACCACCACAGCACCAAUGAAAGUCACACUGACCAAGCAGAGCUCUGCCCUGAGCGACACAAAGGAAGCUGCAGAGGCUGUGGUCAGUGACUCAGGCCCUCCAUUUCCUUCCUUUAACGACAUCAAGCUGCCAGACUAUUUAGAGAAGUAUCUCCAACAGGAACCAGGAAAACCAGUGGAGAGCACACAAGCACAGGAGCAAGUCAAUAACAAGGUUAUUGGAAAAAUGACAACUCCGGUUUCUGGAGGUGAAGCAGACCUGGCUGUAAAACCAGGUCAACUGCUUCCUGAUGCUGGGCCUUUUCCUGCGAUUCCUCCAUCCACACAGCCUACACUCCCUGAGCAGCCACAGGGGAAACUUCGUAAUCAUAUAAGAACUGCCAGAGGAUUUCACAAGCGCCCUGGAAAGAUGGUGUUGUUUGAGAGGGCUGAUUUCAGUGGCGAAACGUAUAAGAUUUACAGGGACAUAGCAGAUGCUACGUCUCUGCAGCUCUCGCCUCUCAUAUCUGUGAAGGUUGUAAGAGGAUGCUGGGUGCUCUACGAGAAGCCUGACUUCCAGGGACGCUCCAUUGCUUUGGAAGAGGGGGGAAUGGAAUUGACAAAUUUGUGGGAAGAGCCUGAUUCAGAGACAGAACCACACAACAACCCACCAGUGCUGAUUGGCUCUAUUCGACUUGCUGUCUGGGAUUACAGCAUACCCCAUAUUGAUCUGUUUACUGAACCGGAGGGCCACGGAAGAGUAACGCCUUACCACGAUGACACAAUAGAGACAGGCUCAUUUGGCAUCCCAGUGAGCACUGCUUCAAUCCAAGUGCACUCUGGGGUGUGGCUGGUGUUCAGCGACCCAGGUUUCCAGGGCAUGCUAGCUGUGCUGGAGACAGGAGUGUACCCUAUUCCCGAGACCUGGGGCUUUCCGUCACCCUUCGUGGGAUCCCUGAGACCACUUAAAAUGGGUGGUUUCAAAGUGGAGAAUCCCAAUGAAGUCAAGGCUAAGGUGUAUGAAAAGCCUGGCUUUGAGGGCUCCUGUGUGGAAAUCGACAGUGACAUUUUCAGCUUUUCUGAAGAUGAAGAAGACAUUACCGCAGACAGCACAAACCUUGCCUCAAAGAAACUGAAGUCUGUGGGUUCUUUAAAGAUCAUUGGAGGACUCUGGGUAGGCUACAGCCAGCCGGGAUUUGAGGGCCAACAGUACAUCCUGGAGGAAGGAGAGUACCUGGACUGCAGCGAGUGGGGAGGUUCAGAGCAGCUCCUGUCACUGCGGCCAAUACUGGCUGAUUUCAUGUCUCCACACCUCAAAAUGUUCAACAACAGAGAUUUUGACAAGCUGGGAGUGAACAUUGACCUCACAGUGCCUGUUAUUAACAUGGAUGACACAGGCUAUGGCACGAAAACAGAGUCUAUUGAUGUCAUCGGUGGCAUCUGGGUGGUGUUUGAAGAGCCAGGCUUUUGUGGUGAGUCCUACAUCCUGGAGAAAGGCCUGUAUGGAAGCCCAGAGGACUGGGGUGCGCUGCAGCCCAGAGUUGCUUCAGCGAUGCCUGUCAUGCUGGAUGAUUUUGAGCAUGCAGCCAAGUUUAAGGUGCAGAUAUUCUCUGAUCCAGGUUUUCAAGGCUCUGUCCUCACUCUGGAGGACAAUGCGGCCUCCCCGCAGGGCAGCAUAUCUGUGGCGUCUUGUAAGGUUCUGGCUGGCAGCUGGCUGGCAUUUGAAGGCCAGGACUUCACUGGCAGGAUGUACGUGUUAGAAGUGGGGAGCUACCCAGAUCUGAGAGCAAUGGGCUGUGUUAAUGCGAGCUCCUCCAUCCUGUCACUACAGCCUGUUGGCUUUGAGUUCUCACUGCCCUCCAUCGCUCUGUUUGAGCGUGGGGGCCUUCGGGGGAAGAGGGUGGUUCUGACAGACGGAUCAGUCAACCUUCAGCUGGUUGGAGGCUGUAGUAGAGUCCAGUCAGUGCUAGUGGAGGGAGGCAUGUGGGUGUUAUAUGAGGGAGUCAACUAUCGGGGUGCUCAGAUUUUGCUGAAACCUGGUGAGAUUCUCGACUGGCGCAAGUUCAGCGGCUGGCAAAAGAUCGGGUCCCUCCGCCCUCUUAUGCAGAAGCAAAUGCACUUUCGUGUAAGGAACAGACAGACGGGGCUCAUGAUGUCAGUGACCGGCGAUUUAGAUGAUGUCAAACUGCUGCGGAUACAAGAAACAGAGGCAACCGAUGGAUUCGAGCAGAUUUGGUUCUACCACAAUGGACAUCUCCACUGCAAGCUGCUGGAGGAGUGCUGCCUGAGUCCCAGCGGCAGUGUGACCAUGGCAGGAAGCCGUGUCGGUCUCACCCCAGAGCCAGAAAACCAAGUCCACCUGUGGAGCAUCACCCCCGAGGGCUUUAUCCGCUACACCCCCACCUCUGAUCUGGUCCUGGAAGUCAAAGGGGGGCAUCACUAUGACAAAAACCAAGUGAUUCUGAACUCACUUGACCCAAAUAAACCCCAACAAAGGUGGAAUGUGGAGAUUAUCUGACCACCUCCAGGCUGCUGAUGCUGGAUGCUGAUAUUAGCAGAGGCACAGCUCUGCCAGAGGCUUUGUUAUACAGCUGCAUGACAAGUGCUCAAGGACGAGGUACGCCAUGGGAUAUACAAAACCUUUGCCGCGGAUGAACUCUGAAAAACAAAAUUCCAACGUGGAGGUCAACAUGGAGCGCUAUGGAUAGAUCCAUAAGAAUGUACGACUGCCCACUGAACAUGCAAAUAGUGGAGUCUGAACUUGUAAUGCAUAUUUUACACUUCCAGUAAUAUACCCAAAGGUUUGUAUUUUGUCUUUUCAUUGAAUAAAUCUGUUUUCCUGAUGUUAAUUAAGUUAAACAGUGUUAACACAUUUUCAUAUAUUUUUAUGCAAUGUCAUGUUAUACACUAUAUAUUCCAGCUGCAUGCAACAAGAGGAAACACAAGUCUUGUUUUCAAAAUAAAAGUAUUUUUAUGAAUACA